CGGGCGGGCGGGGACUGGCCAGGCUGCCGGGCGGGGGGCUGAGCCGAGCGCGCUGCCGUGAGGGGAGACCCGGGUGCGGCCCCGUGAAGGGAGAGGGGAUACACAGGCACGGCCGGGUGAGGGGGCAGCGAGCACCGGGAUGGGCCUGGAGUGGAGGGGUCCGUGCGCGGCCCCGUGAGGAGGGGCUGGGGCGAGCGCGGAGCUGCGCGCAGGAAGGAGCUCGGAAACCGCGGCGGUAACAUGAAACCAACAUGGUGAGGAGGCUGCUGGGGCUGGGGCCCGUCCGUGCUGCCCCCGGCAGGGAGGCGUGUGGGUGGCCCGGGAGCGCUGGCUGCCCCGCUGGGGACACCCGGAGAGCCUGGUAGUCCCCCGGGGCAGGUGUGCUCGUGGGGCUGCAGACCUGGACCGGGACCGACCUUCCCCGGGGUUUUCCAGGGCGGGUUGAAUUAGGGCUGACUUGCUUCUGGGGUCCUGUUCCCUCUUGACUGUGAGAAGUUGGCUCCAUAUUCCAGUGACUGCUCAGCCAAAGGAGCUUGGGUGACAUCUCCAAGAUCAUUGCAAGGAAGCAAAUUACCAGGAUUUCCCCCCUGUGGCUGCCUGACCGCUGCUGAGCUACCCCUCCCAGCCCAUGUGGCUCUCCCCAUGCUCCAAGAGUGCAACGGGUGCCCAACGCAAUGUGUGUUUGUCAAACCAUGGAAGUGGGCAAGUAUGGCAAGAAUGCCACUCGAUCUGGAGACCGGGGGGUCCUGCUGGAGCCUUUCAUUCACCAGGUGGGCGGGCACAGCAGCAUGAUGCGCUACGACGACCACACUGUCUGCAAGCCCCUCAUCACGCGGGAGCAGCGCUUCUACGAGUCCCUGCCCCCAGAAAUGAAGGAGUUCACACCUGAGUACAAAGGUGUGGUGUCUGUCUGUUUUGAGGGAGACAGUGAUGGCUACAUUAACCUGGUGGCCUAUCCCUAUGUGGAGAACGAGGCUCUGGAGCAGGAUGAUCUGCCGGAGAGGGACCAGCCGCGGCGCAAGCACUCGCGCCGGAGCCUUCACAGGUCAAGCAGCGGCACCGAGCACAAGGAGGAGAAGCCUGGCCUGGCCAGUGACAGCACCGAAAGCAGCAUCCAGGAAACGAAGAGUCCCAGGGUGGACUUGCACAUCCACUCAGAUGUUCCGUUUCAGAUGUUGGAUGGGAACAGUGGCCUGAGCUCUGAGAAGAUCAGCUAUAACCCCUGGAGCCUGCGCUGCCACAAGCAGCAGCUGAGCCGCAUGCGGUCCGAGUCCAAGGACCGGAAGCUGUACAAGUUCCUGUUGCUGGAGAACGUGGUGCAUCACUUCAAGCUUCCCUGCGUGCUUGAUCUGAAGAUGGGGACCAGGCAGCACGGAGAUGAUGCCUCUGAGGAGAAGGCUGCUCGGCAGAUGAAGAAGUGUGAACAGAGCACUUCUGCCACCUUGGGUGUGCGUGUGUGUGGGAUGCAGGUCUAUCAGCUGGACACAGGGCAUUACUUAUGCAGGAAUAAAUACUAUGGGCGCGGCCUUUCCAUCGAAGGCUUCCGCAACGCCCUCUACCAGUACCUCCACAACGGCAUCGAGCUGCGCAAGGACCUCUUUGAGCCCGUCCUCGCCAAGCUGCGCAGCCUGAAGGCGGUUCUGGAGAGACAGGCCUCCUACCGCUUCUACUCCAGCUCCCUCCUCAUCAUCUACGACGGGAAGGACAGCCGUGCGGGGACCUUGCUGGAGCGCCGGCCGGAGGCGCGCCUGAAGCGGGGGGAGGGCUCCGUCCCCGAGGGCCUCCAGGACGGCGGCGGCUCGGAGCCCGGCUCCUCGGCCCAGCCCAAGGUGGACGUGCGCAUGAUUGACUUUGCACACAGCACGUUCAAGGGCUUCCGCGACGACCCCACUGUGCACGACGGACCCGACGUGGGCUACGUGUUCGGGCUGGAAAGCCUCAUCAACAUCAUGGAACAGAUGCGUGAGGAAAACCAGUAGCUCUGGGCUGUGGCCUCUUAUUCUUGUCCUGGUGGCAGGAGCAGACAAGAUCACCCACUACCACAGGAAAAACACAGACAAAUUUGGUUUUAAACAACUGUAUCGCUCUGUUGUUUUUAAAUGUACUUGGAUAGAAGAGCUGAGGUGAGGCAGGAUGGAAGAACUCUCGUGCUGACCAGAUGGUUCUGACCGCACUUGCUCUGCCUUCUGGAGGAGGCUCUGUAGAUGCCUGCUGGGUGUCCCGGUUCUUCGCUCAUCAUAUGUGCGUUCUGGAGGGAGGACCUGGACAUAGGGAAGAGAAAGCAGGAGAGCCCAGGGCUCUUGACGAGGCUGGAGCUCUGGUAUGAGGAGCCUUCUGCCUCAGGAGCUUCCCCUUUGAAUUUCUCCUGAGUUGUUUGGAAAGGGCGCUUGCCUGACGGUUGGCAGCAUCUGUGAGGCCACCGGUGAGAAGUCAGGUGCCGGUCCCUGUGUUCGGUGUUGCUGGCUCUGCCCUGGGUUUUGCCAGUGGGGCUUUGCUUUUGAUGCUGCCUUUUUCUGCUGUUUGGGCACUGUGAGUAGCUACCCCAAACACGGAAAUGAAAUGACCAAAUGCAAUCCCUGGCAGAGCCGUGGCCCGGAGGGAAUGCCACACACGUGGAGCUGUGCUUCAGCCUAGGGUCUGCUCGCUCCCUGAUGGCAUGGCAUGGCAUGGGCAGGCACAGGGCUCUGCAGGAGUGACUCUGCCCAGGACCACUGACUUGAAAGUGCUCAGCUCGUGGGCUAGCAAUAGUAUCUGUAGCAGUUAACAUGACCCCAGCUGUGCAGUGGGGCAUUUCGGACCAUUUCAACCCUUCCCCUCCUGUAAAGUACAGAGUCUGUCCCUCCAGCACAAAGUUGCCCUCUUCCCCCGGGGACCCUCUGCCCCCAGGCCCUGCUAUUCCAACAGGUCUGGAGGUGGUGGAAGGGGAGGCUGAGGCUCAGGGCUGAUUCCCAUCUCCUCCCUGAGGGUCUCUAGAGGCCAGGUGAGGGGUGACCUAGCUGAGCAGUGAGAGCCACUGUCUUGACUGUUCAGUACCACUGCCUGACUGUUCAGCUUUGCUUCACGCAGUCAGUGUCUCCCAAAAUAAAUGUUCCCAGCCUCCUUUGAUGAGGAAUUAAUAUUUGAUACUGUGGCCUGGUGGUACCAGACCGAACCCUGCUCCACCUCAGCUCCUGUUUCUGUGCUGGGGCCCUGGCUGCUCCCUCCUGCUCUCACUGACUGGUUCCAUGGCAUUACCAUUACCCUGUGUACCCACAAGGCCAGGGUUGGGGUUUUUUUAAUUACUUCAGGGAUGCUCGUUUGGGGAAUACUCGCAUGUCGCAUGUGUGCCGACUCCAUGUGCGCAGAGGCCGCUCGGAAAGCACGGCUGCCACAUCUCAGGCACAGGUCUGUGGCACUGGUGUGGAAGGGGACAGGAGAGCUGCCAAAUUUCUCUGCCGGUCUCCCAGCUCCUCAAAGCUGCCCAAGCCACUGCUCCCCCUCCGUCCUCUGGAGAAGGACCUUUAUCCGUGGCACGCUGCCCUGCACUAGGUUACUUCGUUGCUCCUGCGGGUCCCUACCUUGCCAGGACACGCAGGAUUUUCAGGGAGCGGGUUUGCAGGAGGCAGCGAGGCUUGGUGAGUGCAGGGGUGUAGGUACCCACAACAGCCGCAUUAGUCCCUGGCCCUGCCCUAGUGUGGCCCAUCGCCACCCACCCCUGCAUGUCCUUGUCCCCGCGGGCUGUGCUGGGGUGAGUCAGGCCGCACCACCGGGAGAGCCCCUUGCUGUCCCCCGCGCUCAUUCCUGCCUUUCCCUGCCUCACUGGGCCGUGACCGCUGCCCGUGCUCAGUGGGAGCCGCCUCCCUCCCUUCGGACCACUGCGGUGGGACUCCACAGCUUGUACAUAGCCUCGGCCCCGGUUGUUUUUACAUGAAUAACCACCCUGUUUGUGCUUCACAGAGAACCAAAAACCAUUAAAGGAUCUGUUUUUGUCCGCGG